AUGAGCGAAGAAGCUAUAGCAACAAAUCUGGCUAUAAUCUGGCUAUUAAAUAGGAGUUAUCCGGGCUGGGAUCCCGACAAGCAAGCCAUGCUAAGAAUGUUGCUGAUCGGUAUGCAGCAUUAUGUGAAGCUGCUAAAACAAGGAUUAUUAAUUUGCUUCCAGGUUUUCAAUAUUCUCACACUGUGUGCCGAACCAUUCACUGUUGAACCAGAAGCACUCGAAUUCCUUGGAAAUCAUGCGUUUGACUUUAAUCGAUUAAUUGACACAGGAGUUCGAUAUUAUCCAAGUACAGUUUCGAAGGUGAGUGCGAGACAUUGUCAGAACCUUUUGUUGAGAGUGUGGUGA